GAAUCUUGCCUUUUAUUAGCUAGCUAUAUUUUCAACCGCUUGCACAUUCUAGAUCAAUGCUGACGUUAUUUUUAACUGCAGGUAACCAUAGCAUCAGCACUUGAUCCCUUAUGCCAGUUGGCUAGUUUAGCUAAGAUUCGGAUGUAACAAAAAACAAAAACAAACUAAAAACCUAGCUAGCUUAACAAUAACGCUAACGUAAAUUAAACUCUCUACAUAGAAAAAAUGGGGGAAAAAAAGUCACGUUUGACAAUGUGGAUUCAGAACAUGACUGACAGGCCUUCGGUACCAGAGUACAAGGUGGAAGCAGUGCAAAAGUCGCGCUUCAUUGUGCUCCACUACAGCGUGUCCAAAGCCCUGUGGGACUGGCUUAUUCUACUGGCCACCUUCUAUGUGGCUGUCACCGUACCCUAUUACGUCAGCUUCAUGGAAUACAAUAGCACUGAGGCACUUGAACACUCCUCCAGCAUCAGCGACAUUUCAGUGGAAUUUCUCUUUAUUAUAGACAUUAUCCUGACCUUCCGCACCACCUAUGUGAGCCAGUCAGGGCAGGUGGUGUAUGAUGGGCGCUCCAUUUGCCUUCAUUACGCCACCAGCUGGUUCAUUGUGGACCUGUUCGCUGCCUUGCCCUUUGACUUGCUGUAUGCCUUCAACAUCACAGUGUCCUCCCUUGUCCACCUGCUUAAAACGGUACGCCUGCUGCGCCUCUUUCGUCUGCUUCAGAAGCUGGAUCGCUACUCCCAGUACAGCUCCUUGGUGCUGACCAUACUAAUGUCUGUGUUUGCUGUGCUGGGACACUGGAUGGCCUGCAUCUGGUACAUAAUUGGACGCCAGGAUAUGGUUGAUACAAACUUUGAAGUUGGCUGGCUGUAUGACCUGGGCAGACGUCUGGAGACGCCCUACAUUAACAAGACAGCGGGCGGCCCGACAACGCGCAGCGCCUACCUUGCUUCCCUUUACUUUACCCUGAGCAGCCUGACCAGUGUGGGCUUCGGCAAUGUCUGUGCCAACACCGAUGCUGAGAAGAUCUUCUCCAUCUGCACCAUGCUUGUCGGCGCGCUGAUGCACGCCCUAGUCUUCGGUAACGUGACGGCCAUCAUUCAGCGUAUGUAUUCACGGCGUUCUCUCUACCACACACGCAUGAAGGACCUGAAGGAAUUCAUUCGUGUCCACCAUCUGCCCAAGCAGAUCAAACAGCGCAUGCUGGAGUACUUCCAGACCACAUGGUCUGUCAACAAUGGAAUAGAUACCAACGAGCUCCUGCAUGACUUCCCUGAUGAGCUACAGGCUGACAUUGCCAUGCAUCUGAAUAAGGACAUCCUCCAACUGCCGGUCUUUAAGGGGGCUAGUCGUGGCUGCCUGCGCUCGCUCUCCCUCCAUAUAAAAACCUCCUUCUGCGUCCCUGGGGAGUACCUCAUCCGUCAGGGUGACGCUCUGCACGCCAACUACUUUGUCUGCUCUGGAUCCCUGGAGGUGCUGAAAGACAGCAUGGUGUUGGCAAUAUUAGGAAAAGGGGACCUGAUUGGGUCGGACCUGCCUGGAACAGACCAGGUGAUCAAGACCAAUGCUGAUGUGAAGGCGCUGACCUACUGUGACCUCCAGUAUAUCAGUGUGCGUGGUCUGAGAGAGGUGCUGGAUCUCUACCCCGAGUACGCCAGCGUGUUUGACUCUGACAUCCACAAUAACCUCACCUACAACUUGCGUGAGGGCAGCCAGGACGAGGGCCUCAGCAGGUUUUCACGUUCACCCAAGCCUCAUCACGAAUCCAGGCUCUCCUCUAUCAUGGAAACAAAGGGGGAUGACCCUGAGGACUCCUUCCACCUCUCUCCGGUUACCCACUCCCGUCGCAACCUCCUGCUGCCCAACUUCACCAGCCCUGUUCGCCGUACCUCCCUGGGGAACCUCCUGGGGGAUGAGUUGCGGCAGUUCAAUGCCCUGCGACACUGCCGUUCACCAAUCAUCAGCCGCGUCCACGAGCAGAGAUCAUCGCCUCAGCCACCGUCGAAAAAAGAGCACGGCUUCCAUAAUGUCACCCCUGCCUCAACUUCAGCUCAGGGAGUGUUGGGGGCUUCGCAAAAGCCUUCAAAGCUGCUUAUCCCAACUGUCACCUGCUCUGCACCCCCAGAUCUCAGUCCCAGGGUUGUAGACGGCAUCGAAGACAAUGGACACGCGUUCCACUUCAACGUGGAGCACAGCAGGCCUAAAGCCAACACGGGAGGCAGCGCCCAAGUCUCCACACAAGCGAAUGUAACUCUGCUGCUGGAGACGGAAGACGUCAAACAGAGCAUCAGUCAACUCAACCAAAAGAUGGGCACAUUAAACCAGGAAGUAUCCGAGCUCACAAAGAGCCUGCACCACAUGAUGCAUCUCCUCCAGGCCCACUUGUCUGUGCAUCACUACAAAGCCUCCCUCCCCUCGUGCCCGUGUGGCAUCCAAAUGGUGUCCGGCCCUCCCACAGCCACCAACACCGACGUGCCCUUCAACCCAGCUUCAGCCUACCACCUCCAUAACGAUCUGGGGAGCCACGAAGGCCCCAGCUACCAAAGUGACCCACCCGCUGGCUCCUGGAGCUACAGUGGAGCUCCUGAAACCCAAACAGAGAGCCACCACCGGUCUCAAUCCUGUGGUCCACCUGUCAACUCCUGUCCGCCCCUCUCUGCUAACUCUGCGUCCAGUUUAGACCUGUUGUGUCACAGCUCUAAGAGAUUGACCACAAAUCUGUGGAUCAGCCCGUCUCUUCUUAGCAUCAGCGCAGGCUUCCAGGGUGGGAGUCCGGACCUUGCACCUCAUGCUGGGCAUGAGGACUUUGACAACAGGCCUCUCAGUGCUAGCGCAAGCACCAUCAGCCAGUCCCAGCCCACUUUGUGCCUGCAGCCUCCCAGUGAUAGUGAUGAAUACUCGUCGUACUCGUCAUCACACAGCCUGCUGGACUUGCCACCCAAUUCUUACCCCCCAUCUCUGCCUGCCCUAUCACAAGCCUCCCAUUGUGUUCUGAUGUCUGCUCCAACAUCUCAUAAUGUGAUCCAGGACGCAUCUAUCUUCCAAAUCGAGGACUCAAACCCCUCAAUCUAUCCUCCUACAUUGCCAGGCAUCCCUCUUGGAUCCUCGCUGGAUUCAGGAUCACUGCAAUCAGAUGGUAUCGAGCCCCACCUUCCACUGGGCGACCCAUCUGCCAUAGAACACACCGGUCUGGAGUGCCUACUGGGGAACGGGGGGUCUAUGGAGAGCAGGGACAGUGAGAGUGAGUCAUCACAUCGCAGUCGUGGUGCCUGGACCUCAUAGAUUAAAAAAGUUAUAGACAUGCAACUUCUUACAGUGUUUAAAGAGACCCUGCUGGAGAUUGUCAGUGUGUGCUGUAGUCCUCCUCCUUAAUUCCUGGGCUCUCAUAUUCAUCACCCCACACAAUUUACUCAAUUUCUAUGCAAAAGCAUGUAUUUUGUGCAUUAUCUUGGAUUUACUAAAGUGUGUCUUUAAAAAAGAAGAGUUCCAGUAUAAACUGUAUAUUUUUUCCAACAUCCUCAGAGCAAUUUAUUGUUGAUAAUAUCUGUUACCUCCUUGCAUGGUAAAGUUGUUAAUUCUUUUUCCUAAGGAAAAGGUUUCCAAAUUAAUGUGUAAGCAUUCUACAUGACAACCUGUUGAUUGUGUACACAGAAACUGUAUUUGUAAGGCAGACAGGUCAGAGUGGUUGGAUGUUUUAAUAUGCGGACAAACAAAAAUGUGUUACCUAAAAGGGGAAUAGAUUAUUUGCAUCACACAGUGUAGAUUGGUAAUUGUUUUUAAAUGUUUUUCUCAUUUCAGCAUUUUUUAUUUGUGAGUUCUUGGACUAUAUGAAUAUCUAAUAUCCAAACUUCACUAAGCAGUACAUCAUUUAUGAUUUCAAUUAUAAUUCCAUUGAACAUCUCCAGUUUGAUGCUCUCCUUAAGAUUCUUCAUGAGAUUUAAAUAAAUUUUUUGAAGGCAUUAAAUAUAGCACUGUGAAGUAGGUUUAAUCGCUCUCUCCACAAAAUAAAGGUAUGAAAGCUUGAAAAUUCCUUUGUCAAGGAUCUACAAUUCUAUAAACAUAGCUCCAUAUAAAUUAAAUGUAAAUAAAUACAUAUGUAGCAGAAAAGAGGGUCCCAUGAAAAAUUCAGUCAUUUAUUUACACAAUAUGAAUGGCUCCUGGUAAAAAACAACAAGAACUCAUGAUACUCAUACUAUAUUCAUUCAAUUGUUCUGUUUGGCUGACACAAUAAAGUAUGCAAAAAUGUAUGAAAGUGUAA